AUGCAUUCGAUAAACGAAGUCCACGUGCAAAACCCAAAUUUUUUACGUUGUAAAAGCCGGGUGCCAGCAAAGCUUAAAACAAGCCCGUUACCGGUUUUACCUUUUUGCAAGCUUUUUUCGUUAGCGUUAUACGUGUUUUCCGGCUUAAUCCGGGCCAUUUCCGGUAUUUGCAAGCGUUAUUACCAUUCCGUUAUCGUUUGGAUUAAGGAAGCAGGAAAGCUUUUAAACAACUUUUGGAGCAAGCAUUUAAACCGCACCCAAAUUACUUUGUAA